GUGGUGGCGUCGCGCAAGUCUUCCGCCGCAGAGCCAGCUGCAGAAGAUGCAGUCGAGAAGGCCAAGGCGGGCAUCUCGGCACCUCCACUUUCGAGACCGUCGCGUGAGGAAGCGCCCAGGCCUGAUAGCACCUCGCGCGCCGAUGCUGAUGCGGCUCCCAAAGAGGAUUCAGAGCAGCCCUCAAAGCCGUCAGAAGUGCCUGCCGCAUCACAGACUUCGAGCCCGCCUGACGUCUCGGGCCUGGACAUGGAGGAUGCGCUGAAGGUGCUCCUCAGUUCCGUGAACCGGGCCUCACAGGAGCUAGCACUUCUUACUCAAGAUGAGCCCGGCAAGAAGGUCACCCGCGACGCUUCGGCACCCUAUGGCCAAGGCCGAGGAAACGAGGCAUCCUCGGGGAGCCAGCCUUCGGCAAGCGCCGGCGGGACUGCAGCGGCACCCGUGUUCACGGACGGGUCGUCGAUCAGUUCGGAGAGCCGCUCAGGCGACCCGGCUUCCAGCGCAGGUGCAGCGAGCAUUCCGCUGGAAACAGAAGUUCACGCCGGAGGGCCCGGCGAGGCAGAGCCGCUUGAAACAGGUGAGGCGGCAUCCAGCGCGGAUGCAGGAAGCCUGCCGGAAGCAGAUCGUGUCGGACAUCUGCCAGAUCCAUCGGUUGGUCUGGCAGGAGUCAACUGGAGUGCCGUGGAUCUGAAUACCGGCUUGGAAGACAGCGGCAUGUUGAAACAGAUCAGCUUCAUGAGUAACGAGGAGAAAUCCGGGCUGUCUCUGAGCUCGCACUCUCCAGGCAGCCAGGCGGCAGGUGUUGCCGAGACUUACCAGGAGGGCUCUGAAAGCAGUGCGGUCAACUCGGAGGAGGAUCUCCCUGUGUUUGGUUCGCUUCCAGCUGCACGUCCACCGGCAGAGGAGCCUUUGCCGUCCUUUGGUCCUCGGAGCGCCCGGCCUUGGAGUCCGGGACGCGCCUACUCAGGCAGUCGGAUGCAGCUGGACGAGGAUUCAGAUGGCUCCCUGGCUCCGGACAGCGACGGCUUCCUCGACUUAGACCUCAUCUGA